GGGCUAUGAAGAUUCUAGUUCAAACCAAUUAGAGCAGAUUAACAUGUAAAUAAAAGCAAAUCCCACCUAUCCAAAAUUUCCAAAAUAAUUAAAAAUAUAAAUAAAUAAAUAAAACCAACAAAAGUAGUUCUUUUACAAAAUCAUCAUUGCAUAUAUACCCCAUAUAUUCGUCUUCAUAAUCAUAAGUUCUCUGUCUAAAUCUAAAGAUCUCCCUUCUAAGCAUCCUCUCUCCAUCCUUUCUAGUCACUUUCUUGCUGCAUAUGUCCUCUUACACAAAUAUAUCAGAAAACAAUAGAGAAUUUCUUGAACUAGAAAACAUGGCUACCAAGAAGCCUGUAAACAAGCAAAGCAAAAUAAGCAAGUUUAUCAAGUCACCCCUUAGGAUCUUGUUAAAGGCAAGAGACUUCUAUGUCAAGAGCAUGACAGAAUACUCCGAUCGGAUUGGUUAUGGCACGUUCAUGGGUUGCCCUACAGGUCAUGUAGUCGAGACCUUGCCUAAGAGUUACAGUGUCAAUUCAACAAAAUCAAGCAGCCGCGAUGAUGAUUACAGGGAGCUACUAAGGGCUGCUUCUACUAGAGGUUUAAGCAGUAGAAAUGAUUUGGGUGUUCUUCAAAGGCAACAAUCAAGAAAAUCUCCAAAUAAUACUAGGGCAAACAUUAGUAUGCCCAGAAGUCAUAGUGUUGGUAUUGGAAGAAUCGAUGAAGAAAAGGCAUGUGAUAAUUUUGAUGAUAUCAAGGUAAAAACUGAUGUUUUUCCAAGAAGCAGAAGCCAUGCUGUGUCUGCAACUAGAAGAACUACUAGAAUGUACUAAAUUAAGUAAUUCAAGCAAGGAUAAAGAAAAUGGGCAAGUUUUCUUCUCUUUACUUAUCAAGAAUUCUUGGUUUCUAUGUCCUUAUCAUUUUCCGAGGUUAAAUUUUCUCUUGCCUUGUAUUUAAACUUAUACAUAUCAUGUUGUUGACGAGGUUGUUUUGUUUGUUCUUUUGUCUAUGUAUGAAGAAUUAUUAUGUAACUAGACAAAGAAUCCGUGUAUGAAUUCAGAUAUUCAUAUAUGCUUACCGCUUUAAUAUAUCAGGAUACAAGUCUGUGAUUCCUGAGAA